AUGGCCGGUCUCACGCUCCCCGGCGGCCUGGCGUCCGACGAGUUCGGCGUCGCGCUGAGCUACGCGCUGCUCAUGGGCGGCGGCGCCUCCGCGCCGGCCGCCGCGCCGGCGAAGAAGGAGAAGAAGGAGAAGGCGCCGAAGCAGCCCAAGGCGCCCAAGGCCGCGCCCGCGCCCGCGCCCGCGCCCGCGCCCAAGGCCGCGCCCGCGCCGGCGCCCAAGGCCGCGGAGCCCGCCGCCGAGGACGACGACGACGACUUCUGGGGCGACGACGAGGAGCAGACCGAGGAGGAGAAGGCCGCGGCCGCCAAAAAGCUCGAGGAGGCCAAGGCCAAGGCCAUGGCCAAGCUCGCGAAGAAGGAGGUCGCCCAGCGGUCGCUCUGCGCGCUCGAGAUCAAGCCCUGGGAGGCGGAGCAGGACCUCGAGGAGCUCUUCAAGAAGAUCAAGUCCACCUUCGUCCGCGAGGGCCUCAAGUGGUCCGAGGUCUGCAAGCUCGAGGACGUCGCCUUCGGCGUCAAGAAGAUCAUCUGCACGGCCGUCAUCAACCAGACCAUGUCCAUGGACGCCAUCAUCGAGGAGAUCACCGAGGAGGCCUUCGCCGACGAGGUCCAGUCCAUGACCAUGACGAGCAUGUCGCUCCUCUAG